GCUGCAAUUGUUCUCUUCACAUCUCUCAAAAAUCUUUGGCUCAACUCAUCAAAAACCGAUUGUGAAAUCUCUAAGUUUCCGAACAUAAACUAGGGUUUUGUCUGAACGGGGUUCGUGUCGUGAGUUCACGUGAAGUAGAAUCUAGCACAAACAGUGACUAUGAUGGAGGUUAUAGAAAGAGAUAUGGAGACGGAGACAGAGACGGAUACGGAUGAAGAUAUGGAGACAGAUGAGCCAAUGGUGUUCGAAGUAACUGAAAUCGAUCUGGAGUAUGAGUUUGAUGCUGUUCGCUGGUGCGAUUUCACUCGAGAGGAGUCUCCGUUGGAGUCUCGUGUUGCCGAACUCUGGUUCGAAACCGCUCAGUCUUACCCACCGUCUCCUUUUGCAAUAAAACUGUUAAUGAUGAGAGAGGAGGUUUCUGAUGAAAAGACCGAGCCUUUGUCAAAAUCAGAAGAUGUCCGGGAGAGCGACAUAGAUAUCUCCCAGGACCAGCAUUGUCUAGCCACAGAUGUGAAUGAAACAGCAAAUGAAAUGAAGUCUGGAGUUUUUAACUUCAUUCAAAGGGGUGGUGAAUUGAAGAAUGUUCCAAAUGAGUCUUUGCUUAAAGGACCAACGAUUAGCAAUCACGUACACAAAGAUAAAGUAAAAUGCAGAACGAAGUCAAGUACUAGGCAGAUACCAAGAGGUUCAACACUGAUGAAGCCCACUGCUAGCCAAUUGGCAAAACUAGAUAAUUCUAGACUCCGUAUGCAAGUGGAUAAAACUAAGGAGAAAGGCUUGUUUUCUUCAUCUGGAUCUGAAGCACAGGCUUCUAAAAGACAGAAGCUCGAUGGAGGUCUACUUCGCAAGAUUGCUGAAAAGACACAGGAGAUGAAUUUUGUCCACAAGGCAGUCAAGAAGGACAGAACUCUUGAGAGGAACUUACAACAUGGCAGGACAAAGACUACUAUCCCACAGGAGCCUGAUUUUGCAACAUCACAUAGAGCAAAUAGAAUACGGCAAAAGGACGAUGCUAAGUUGGACCAGGAGGCAACAUCAGUAUAUAGAUUCAAAGCACGCCCUUUCAACCGAAAAAUCUUUGAGGCUCCAUCGUUGCCUAUUCGGAAGAAGAGCACUCCUAAACUACCAGAAUUUCAAGAAUUUCACUUGAAGACCUCAGAAAGAGCUAUGCAACAUUCAUCAGCAGUAUCAACGGGGAAUAAUUAUCAUAAGGGGUCGUAUAAGCCUGAUACGAAAGCUUUUCUUGAUGGUGUUAACAGGGAACCAAGAAGACCCAGAGCUGCUGAUAUAGCUAAAGAUAAUGACAGAAAACACAUUUUCAAAGCUCGUCCUCUUGACAAUAAGAUAGUUUCAAGUAGACGAGACAUUGGCAUUUUCAGAAAAAGCAAGCGAGAAACCGCAGUUUCCUUGACACAAACUCGGGAGUUUAGUUUUCGCUCACAAAAAAAGGUUCAACAAGAUUUGCCAACAGACCUUUUCAGUAAGCUCUCUAUAAAACCGGAGCUCCAGCCAAAUAAUGGAUCUCGGUUAAGAUCCCCUCAGCCUGAACAAGUAAAGGGCUCCAAGGAAAAUAGACUGAACUCCUUUCAAGCAGGGAAUGAAAGAACAAGGACGGUACAAAGGUGGUACAUGGACCACUAGGAGUUAAAGCUAGAAGCAGCUGGUGCAACUAAACUAACAAAACAAAACAUGGUUUCCUUAGGGGUUACAAGUAUUACCCAAAACGAAGGCUAACAUAUUAUGAAGAAGUCAAAUCAGGGGAUGUGGUGUGUGACAUUAAAUGGUCGGCUUCAUUUUGUUUUUUUUGGGCAAAUGAAAUGUAUAUUGGUGGGAUACUCUCUCAGUUCUUGACAUAAAUGAAAUACAAAAAAU